UUCCAUGGUGAUCAGAGAUUUGACUUUGCGCAGUGCUGCUUCAUUUGGAUCUUUCCAUCUGAUAAGACUUCUGUAUGAUGAAUAUAUGUUCUAUUUAGUAGAACAUAAAGUUGCAUCCUCUCUAGGUGUCACACCAAUUGCAGUUAUUUCACAGGUAAUGGAUGGGAUGAAGAACAGUGAGUCAAGCAACUUUGUUUUCAACGGUGAUAUUAAUGCCCAUCACAGGUCAGAUGAUGGAGUUCUCCCAGCUUUCAAGCGGCUGAAGUAUGAAACAUGAUCACCUAGACUUUGUGAUUGGUGUUAUAGAUAAUGCUCCCCAAAUUUAUUAGAACUGCAAUUUAUAUCAUAUUCUUUAUCUAUAUUUUUAAUGGAUGAAAUUAAAUUAUAAUGGUAUAAAAGUGAAAAAUAAUAAAAUUUGAUUAUAUAGGAUAUAUCACAUACUUUCAUACAAAAAAGAUUGAAUCCAAUGUCAAGAAAAGUAACGCAACAAAGAACUAGCAUGUCUAGUCAGUAUUAUUGUAUGCUUUACAGCAUGAGAAGGAUUCAGGAAGAUUUCUUAAAAUUCCCUAAGUAACAAUUACAUUGGAAUCACUAAAAGAAACACACUAAAGAUUCCAGUGUUUAGUAAAAGUUUAUGAAUCAUUAUUAUCCAAUUAUAUGAAAAAUAAAUUGAUAUUCGAAAACAGAUUUUUCUAGUCAUAUUGAGUAUGUUUUUUGUUGUCCAGUGUUGAUCCAGUUUGCAUCAAAGUCUCACUGAUGGUGUGAAUGCACUAGGUCCACAUAUUGUAUUGCUAGAUAUAGUUUAUGUUUUCAUAUUCCAUGUGCCAGACAAAGUAGCAAGGAGAAUUACUUACAUGGUACUCUGAAACUUUAUUACAAAAGUUUUGACAUCUGAAAAAUAGAUUCCUUGUGAGUUUAUAAACAAUGAUGACAAAUUCUACACCCCAGGUAAACUCUCCUGUUAGUUGUUUCAGAGAUGUUGUGCAUUUCUAUUUUUAUACAAAAGGAUCAACUGAUAAGCAUUGGGAUGGUGCUGAUGGCCAUUACUCUUAGUUCUCUCUGAACCAGAUGAGCUUUUAAGACAUAACAUGAAGUUGUAUCAUUAAAAUAAGAUAUUUUUAAAGGCUAUUCUCAUUUUAAUGAAUAAUAAAGCAGUUUUUUUUUACAUUAAAUAUUGAAUAAGCGAUCUGAUAUUUGUAAAUUCAGAAAUUGGAAAGAAAGUGUAUUUGAAAUGUGUUGUGUCUUUAUAGCUUAGAACUAAACACUCCGAGCCAAGCCACUCUUGUGAGUGGACUGGACAACAGGAAGGAUCUGGCCCACUCACCUGGUAAAAUGUGGCAUUCUUCCUGUGUAUUGUUGCUUUGCUCAAUGUCUCCAUCCAGCAUGCAGGUCUCUUGAGGGAAGUGCAUGAGGUUCUCUUCGAAUCCCUUUUUUUCUUCUUUUUUGAUGAUAAAAAAACUUCGAGUUCAACAAGAACUACUGUAUGUGUGUACACAUGGGAAUGCAUACAUUUAUGACAUAAUUAUACACCCUUAAAUUACAUAUCCAUACAAAGAUAUUCAUAUGUGAUAUGUUUAUAUUGUAUAUUGAUGCAAACCCUUAUGUGCUCAUAUAGACACAUGUUCAUGCCCAUAUGGACCCCAACUCACACACACCCAUAUGCACACCAAUCUAUAAACACACCAUAACUGCCACACUCGCCAACACUCUUUACUUACUAAUUCACUGCACUCCAUAUACACCCACAUGUACACAUACAUAUGUACACAUGCACACAUAUAUGCAUGUUCACAAGUGCACACACACACACAUGCACCCUUACAAGCAUGCUCACAAACACACACACAUGCAC